AUGGCGCUGGCUGCCCCACUUCUGCCCCGACCCCCGGCUGGGCGCGCCGUGCUCGGCGUGGCUUUGGGGGCCUAUGUUGCAUCUGGAGUUUCUCAGCCGCUGCUGAUGUCCGAGCUCAGACGGGCAGGCCUUGGCGACCCACGCUGUCAACUUUACAUGGUGCCUUACUACGCCGGCAUGGCAUGCACUGGCUUGCUCCAUGUCUUCAGCAAAUCCAAGGUCGCGACCGCGAGUUUCAGCUUACCGCAACUUGCAACCUGCGCCGGUGUCGCGCUUUUCGGCAUCUGCGCGCAGAGUUUGAACUGGACUGGCAACAUGCUGGCUGGCAGUUCGAUCUUUGCCGUCGUCUACGCCUCGGUCACCAUCUGGUCUGCUGUCCUUUCCCGGCUGCUGCUGGA